CCCGGGACAAGAUAUACUUUCUGCUUGGAUUGAUGGGUGAUCGUAUGGAAGACAUCCUGAAACCAGAUUAUUCCAAGUCUUUCGGAAAUGUCCGUUUGCACACUGCAUCCAAAUUCUCGACCCAGACUAAUAGAAAGAGGUGUGUUUGAACGUCACGCGUCACUUCAUAUCUCAAUCGGGGUCGCUGGAUCCCAUCUGUGACUGGCAGACUCUAGACCGCAAUAUAGAUUCAACGUGGGAACUUCCAUCUUGGACCCCUGACUACACUCUUGGCUAAGAGGCUGCACCUGCUCCUUUGGUCCCAGUUGACAAGCCUCCGAGUAUCUACGCUAGCGUCUGGUUACGAUCACAGAUUCAAAUUUCAGCUUUCAGCUGAAUCAACUCCUCCCGAUUGGAAACAACUUAAGACGCGCGGGAUGUGCAUUGAUACCAUCGCAAGACUUUCGAAUCCUGGCCCAGACACAGAGCCAUUUGGUUCGAAAGCGACGCGAUGGCUGUCUACCUUAAAUUCAGCACAAAAAUUCUUGACAGAUUGGCCGCAUGAUCUGCAAGCUUCCCUAGCUGAUCUGUGUUCGAUAGUUUCGAAAUAUUCCAGCUAUAAUUACUCAACGGAUCGAUCUGUGCUUAAGUUCGAAUCACCGGAGGAGCCUCAAUCCCUUGAAGAGAACCAAGUGCUGGGUGCCUUUAUCCACGUUCUUUUCCUGGGCCGUAUCUCAUCCAGAGAACGACUGACAGAGUACGAUAUUUCGGAACUCCUUGACAUGGAUCCUUUAAUUGCCUUCUCAAAGUCGAAAGAGACCGAUCACCUAGACAAGGUCUGCCAGGCCUUUGAGCAGGGAUCGAAGAGGAGAAGACUCCUCAUUACAGAGAAAGGCUACGUCGGCUCUGCAUCUCAGACCGCGGAGGAAGGCGACAUCGCGUGUGUGCUCCCUAGCUGUAGUGCGCCGGUGAUUGUGAGGAAACUUCAGGAUGAAGAUUCUUACAAAUUCGUUGGAGAAUGCUACUUGCACGGCUUCAUGGAUGCAGAAGUAAUCACCCUGCAGAUCAAGGGUGUUUUGAAAGAGCAGUUCAUCCUCGCAUAAAUUGAGAAGAAUCUACAGCAAGGUGGACUUAUCAAAAUGGAAGAUGACGUACUCAG